AUGGAUAGCAAAGACGGCCUUCAUUACGACCCGGAGUCUGGAGUUCGAGAAGGCUUACCUUGUGAUGGGGUUAUUAUUCCAAGUGCUUUGCAUGUCGAACCGGGAAAAUUAUACGAUGCCAUUGUCAUUGGCGCAGGUUAUGCUGGAUUGAUAGCUGCGAGGGAUUUGGCUGUCCGCGUCACCGAAGGCCACAAGGUGUUACUCCUGGAAGCUCGAGACCGUAUUGGCGGAAGGACUUGGACGUCGGUCAUCGAAGGAUAUCCGUACGAGAUGGGAGGUACAUGGGUGCAUUGGGGUCAGCCUCACGUUUGGACGGAGCUUUCGCGGUAUAAUCUGGUUGACCAGCUCGAGGACUCGGCAGAAACUCUACCAGGUGUCACCCACAAGAUCUCUUACUAUUUUGAGCAUGGGAGGAACGAUCUAUCCGCCGAGGAAGACGCGCAAAACAUGAACACCGCCUUGACUGAGUUCUGCAAUGUCGAUGGGCAACUAGGGAAGACAGUCAUGCCCUUCCCCCACAAGCCGUUCACAGAAGCCGAGCAAUUUACCAAAUGGGACAGGAUAUCGGCAGCCGAACGUGUGAACCAGAUCAAGGAUCGAUUGACACCGGAUCAGCAGAGUCUUCUCCUCUCUAUCAUCGUCACGGCGUCAGGUUCACCAGCAGACCAAGUGGCAUUCACCGAGAUCCUUCGAUGGUGGGCUUUGGCCGGCUACGACUCACAAGCAUACAUGGACUACAUUAUCAAAUGGAAACUCAAGUGCGGCCAGACCCGUCUUGCACUACGCAUCUUCCGUGACGCAUUGGCCUCCGGCAACCUUUCCUAUCGCUUUUCGUCUCCUGUGCACCAAAUCGACCAGUCUCGACAGCAACUAGUCGUCACCGCGAAGGACGGCCAACAUAUGUCCGGACAGUACCUUGUCUGCACCGUGCCGUUGAAUACACUCAACGAUGUCAAGUUCAAUCCGCCACUGUCGCACAGCAAGGUAUUGGCAGCAUCCAGGGGUCAUGUCAACCUCUGCGUGAAGGCGCAUGCCGAAGUCGAAACAGCAGACCAUCGCUCCUGGUGGGGUAUGGCAUACAAUCGAAAGCCAGGCAUCAUGGCGGGCGCUUUCGGAGACGGACUCACUCCUAGUGGAAAUGCCCAUCUGGUUUCGUUCUCUCUGAACGACGCUUUCCAAGGUGGUUCCGAUCAUGGCUUCUCGCAAAUCAAAGCUGCAUAUGAAGAGUUUCAUCCAUUCAAGAUCAAGCGCCUGCUCUACCACCCAUGGGCGACUGAUCCCUAUGCAAAGGGAACUUGGGCCAUGUACGCGCUGGGCUUUGGCAGUCGCUUCAAACGUGAUCUGCAAGCCUCACAAGGUAGGAUUCAUUUUGCCAGCGCCGACUGGGCUGAUGGAUGGCAUGGGUUCAUCGAUGGAGCAAUGGAGCAGGGUAUGCGCGCCAGUGCGAAGAUAUUGACGGAGCUGCAGAAGGUGCCAGCUGCGAGGUUGUGA